UGCUUCUGAAUUCACCAAAACAUUUUCUCUUUAAAUUAUCUGUCUCUUUGAUUCAUCAAUGGCUGAAGCUUGUGGAGUACGGAGGAUGAAACUUGGGAGCCAAGGCCUUGAGGUUUCAGCUCAGGGACUUGGUUGCAUGGGUCUCUCUGCCUUCUACGGUACUCCAACACCAGAGACUAACGCCGUCGCUCUUCUCCGUCAUGCCAUUAACGCCGGCGUCACAUUCCUAGACACUUCAGACAUAUACGGCCCCGAGACAAACGAGCUGCUCCUGGGCAAGGCUUUGAAAGAUGGGUUGAGGGAGAAAGUGGAAUUGGCAACAAAGUUUGGGAUCAUUGCUUCUGAAGAUGGAAAAUUUGGUUUUAGGGCAGAUCCAGAGUAUGUACGGUCUGCUUGUGAGGCAAGCUUAAGGCGUCUUGGUGUUACCUCCAUUGAUCUUUACUACCAGCAUAGGAUUGAUACCACUGUCCCCAUCGAAGUCACGAUGGGAGAACUGAAGAAGCUAGUAGAAGAAGGCAAAAUAAAAUACAUAGGUUUGUCUGAAGCCUCUGCUUCAACUAUCAGAAGAGCACAUGCUGUUCACCCGAUAACUGCUGUGCAGAUAGAAUGGUCCCUGUGGUCAAGAGACGUGGAAGAAGAUAUCAUUCCUACCUGCAGGGAACUUGGGAUUGGAAUUGUAGCUUAUAGCCCUUUAGGAAGAGGGUUCUUGGCAGCAGGACCUAAGCUUGCUGAGAAUUUGGAGGACGAUGAUUAUCGGAAGGGUCUACCGAGAUUCCAAGAGGAGAAUCUAAAGCACAACAAGAUUCUUUACGAGAAAGUUGUGGCGAUGGCGACAAAGAAAAGCUGCACUCCUGCACAACUAGCUCUUGCAUGGGUUCACCACCAGGGAGAUGACGUCUGUCCCAUUCCAGGAACCUCCAAGAUUGAAAACCUGAACCAGAACAUAGGAGCUUUAUCUGUGAAGCUUACUCCUGAAGAGAUGGCUGAGCUGGAAGCCAUUGCCCGACCUGAUUUUGUGAAAGGGGAACGAUACGACAGCGACAUGACUACUUACAAGGACUCGGAGACUCCACCACUGUCUUCUUGGAAAGCAGCAUAAAUCGCAUCUUUGGAAUGCCGUUUUAUUGUGCUUUAGUUUGUUUCUGUGUGUUUGAAUAAGUUCAGGUUAAUGGAUGGGUCUGCGAGUUUGCAGUAAGAAAAAUCCAUUGCCUAAGAAAGAACAAGUUUUAUGUAAUAAUGUUUGGUUUUUGUCUUGCAAUUUAAUAAUUUGAUCAAGUAUGGUCUAGUCGUUGACCAAUGUUACUGUUGUUAACGAAAAAAGUUGAUAGUUUAUAUUAAUCUAAAAGUUGAUGAUUUAAAUGA